AUGCCCUGCCAGGGGCCGCUGACAGCACUCGACGCAGAGAGCACCAGCCGGAUGAUUAUCCUGAUCGUGGUGUCGGUGUUGGUGGUUGUCGCCGCCGUUACCAUCCUUGUGAUGUGGCGGCGAAGUCGCCGCGGACUCCCCGGGCGACCUAACGGCCAGGUCCCGCGGCCCGGCCCCGCCGAGACAGAGGACCUCUCCACGGUCCUACAGAACCCCGGCUUCAUCUCCAGCAGUCGCGGGGAGAUGACGGAACAGUUGUCGGGGCUGCCGAUCAGACUGGCCGACGACGACCCUGACGAUUCCACGGUUUACCACGAACUUCGCAAGCCGUCGCCCAGCCCAAACGAAGAGCUCAUGGACGAGUUUUACCCCAUAGAAAUUCCAGAAGAUGACAGAGGAUGAUUCCAAGAGGUCGUCGGUAUCCAUUCUAUGGAUCAGUAUUUAUCUUAACAGCUCUCUGAGCUCGAGGUUAUUUUGAAAGUUCAUCUGUGUUGGUAGAAGUCAUUAUGA